AUGGAUAUUAUACUUCGGGACCUCGGCAGAGUUGAAUGGGAAAGAACUGGAAAUUAUACUCUGAUACUGGCCAUUGCUUGGACCAUUCUGAAUGUGUAUGCCAAGUAUCCUUCGACGACGUUGAUUAUUUCGCAGUAUGCCAGCGAACUGCAGAGCAACUUGCAUCAAGCGGAGCUGAUCGAUGCGUUAAUGGUGUAUUUAGAAAAGCGCCAUCAUCAUGUCUACAUCAUGGAGCAGGAGAAAAUGUUUGACGAUGUGGAUAGAAGCGAGUGGGGUGACAUUUCCGAUACAGCGAUUUGGUUCAUAGAUAGUUGGAACUCAUUUGGUGCUUUGGCAAAGGAUUUGGAUCAUCCGCAAAGUGCAUACCAACGCAGUGGUUGGUUUCUGAUUGUCUACACCGGCACCGAACCGGAGCGUUUAGAAACGGUCAAGAAUAUAUUUAGCCGUUUGUUUGAACUCUUCUUUGUAAAUGUCAAUGUCUUCUUGUUGAUGGAUGCAACGCCAUUUGUCUAUACAUAUUUCCCAUUUUCACGCACCAAAUGUCAUUCGGCCAAGCCAGAGUUAUUGAUGUCCUUUCGAAACAAGCGACCAAGAUAUAUCCACAAAAGCCACAGACGUUUUUUUCCGCCCAAAGUGAACAAUCUCCAUGGCUGCGAGUUAGGGGUAAUAACAUGGCACGACCCACCUUUCAUUAUUUUGAAAACAGUUGAUGAGACCGGACAUAUCGUAUCGAUUGAUGGCAUCGAAGGCAUGUUAAUAAGCCUUCUUUCUGAGGCUAUGAAUUUUGGUAUACGAAUUGUGGAUCCACAGCCGCAUGAUCGUGGCGCUAUUUACGCAAAUGGCACGCUUACAGGUGUUACAAGAAUGAUAGUCGAAGGAGAAGGAAAUAUUUCGAUAAUAUAUUUUAUGUACGAGAAGAAACGGGCACAAAUUAUGGACGCAUCGUGUUCCUACAUGGCUUUCCCUUUGCUGGUGGCCAUACCACCCGGCCGUCCAAUCUCUCCGCUGCAGCGUCUAUUUCGACCGUUCAAGUACAUCAUUUGGUCGCUCAUUGGAUCCAAUCUUGUAUUAGCUGUGCUCAUCAUUUACGCACUCAAGCUAUUCGGCAGCAAGCGAGUAGUUUCGUUUGUUUUUGGGAAAGCCAAUCGAUUUCCCUUCAGUAAUCUGUGGGCCUCGCUGUAUGGUGGUGGUGUUAUUCACAAUCAUUUGCCAUACCGCAACUUUUCGCGAUAUCUUCUGGGCCUGUGGCUGCUAUGCACAUUGGUUUUGCGUUCCGCCUACACCGGCCAGCUGUUCAUUAUGCUGCAGGAUGGACGCGCACUAACACCUUUGAAAACAUUUCAAGAGAUAUUCGAAAAAAAGUUCGUAGUCAAUACAGCUCCUGUGCUCGCCGAGCUGCUAACAUCGGUGAUGGGCAAUGUUGCUGUUGUUAACAUCGAUGGUGGUAACAACUCAAUGCCUAUGAUAUUGAAACGUAUAGCACGAGGCUCGAAAGAGAUAUUGAGCAUAAUCGAACCGGCUGUGAUGUAUUAUAAUUACCAACAGGAAACUGAGGAUGAGCGGGUGGCGAUUUUGCCCCAAAAGUUGAUAAUGACACCACUGACAAUGUACAUGCGGAAGCAUUCCUAUCUAACCAUACCGAUCAAUGCCAAACUGCUCGAUUUCAUUGAUUUGGGCAUAAUAAAUAAGUUUGAGAAUCGUUAUCGCUUGCCCGACUCUGGUGAGGUGUCGCAGGAGCCGGUUCAGUUAUCGCUCUUUCUGCUAACAGGCAUUUUCGGUGUUUAUCUAGUCUUAAUGGGCUUUUGCACAUUGGUUUUUCUCUUGGAACUUUGGACGACCAGAUCGCCUCUGGCCAAAAUGGCUAUUGAUUUUUUGAACUAUUACUGGAAAGGGCAGUUGAUUUUUUUUGAAUAUAUUCUAAAGGAGUCACGUCGUAAUGUCGCCUUCAUUGGACCUUCUGACUUUCUCUACAACUAUAUGCACGCCGAGAAAAAGCAUGCAUUUUUUAAAAUAUUAAAACAGAAAGUUUUAAACUUGCACACCACAAUAUAUCUGACGAAACACUCUUACCUUAUCGAUGAGUUCCAGAAUCAGAUUUUGUGGGUGCAAGCGGCUGGUCUCAUUGAUGCCUGGGCUCGCUGGGAGUUGUACGAUGAUAAAAAGGAUCUGAGCGGAUUUGGGGAGGAUGAUAUGCAGCAAGCUAAGGAACUCUACGUACUGAUUAUAAUCGGAACGUAUGAAGGUAAAAUGGGUUAG